AUGGCUUUCAGUGCCAACUUGUUUCAUGUAUGCUGUUUAAUUUUCUUUGCAUUUUUCUUUACCAAUCCAAUUAAAUGUGUUGAUGGUGAAGGACCUUUACCUGCCCUAUUUGUGUUUGGUGAUUCGAUUUUAGAUGUAGGAAAUAAUAAUUAUAUCAACACUACUACUCAAUUCCAAGCUAAUUGGUCGCCUUAUGGUGAAACGUUCUUCAAGUCUCCUACCGGUAGACCUUGUGAUGGUCGCCUCAUAUCCGAUUUUAUUGCGGAAUUUGCUAACUUGUCAUUAAUUCCGGCAUUUUUUGAAAUUGGGACCGAUAAAUUUCUACAUGGGGUGAACUUUGCUUCUAGUGGCUCAGGUUGUUUAGUAGAAACCAAUCGCGGUAUUGUUAUAGAUCUCCAAACGCAGUUAACACAUUUCAAUGAAGUGGUUGAAUUGUUGGUGAAUAAGUUAGGGUCACAACAGUCUCAACAACUCCUGACUGAUGCGGUAUACAUGUUUAGCACGGGAAGUAACGAUUACGCUUUUCCUUACCUUACCAAUCCUAAAAAGUUUCCGUUUCCUAAAGAACAAUUUUCGGAGAUGGUAUUGGGUAAUUUUACUGCUAUUUUACAGGCAAUUUACAAUAAAGGAGGAAGAAAAUUUAUCAUAUUUACAUUGCCCCCUGAAGGUUGUUCCCCAGGUGGAAGGGCAUUUAAUGCUCAAAUAGGAGGUAAAAGUGGUUUUAAUGUAUCAAUAGAAGCAUGUUGUGGGACAGGUGCAUUUAAAGGAAUUAAUAGUUGUGGAGGAAAGAGACAAGUAAAAGAUUAUGAGUUAUGUAAAAAUGUGACAGAUUAUGUGUUCUUUGAUGCCAGCCAUCCAACAGAAACAGCCAACCAGCAAUUUGCUCAACUAUUAUGGAAUGGGACGACUGAUGUCAUUGCACCUCACAAUCUAAAAUCUUUUUUCCAACUUUAG